AUGUCAGAAAUUACAAUUGGUCAUUAUUUGUUUCAAAGAUUGAAGCAGGUUGAAGUGCAAACGAUUUUUGGUUUACCAGGUGACUUCAACUUGACCUUGUUGGACAAAAUCUACGAGGUGCCAGGUAUGAGAUGGGCAGGAAAUGCCAAUGAAUUGAAUGCUGCUUAUGCUGCUGAUGGAUAUGCUAGAUUGAAGGGUAUGUCUUGUGUAAUUACUACAUUUGGUGUAGGUGAGUUGUCCGCGUUGAACGGUAUUGCUGGUUCGUAUGCUGAACAUGUUGGUGUUUUGCAUGUUGUUGGUGUUCCUUCGAUUUCUGCACAAGCUAAGCAGUUAUUAUUGCACCACACUUUGGGUAAUGGGGACUUUACCGUAUUCCACAGAAUGUCUGCUAAUAUUUCAGAGUCUACUGCGAUGAUCACGGACGUUGCGACUGCUGCUCGUGAAAUUGACAGAUGUAUCAGAACGUGUUAUAUCAGCCAAAGACCAGUUUAUUUGGGGUUGCCAGCCAACUUGGUUGACGCCAAGGUUCCAGCUUCUUUGUUGGAGACUCCAAUCGACUUUUCCUUGAAGCCAAACGACGCUGAGGCGGAGAAUGAGGUCGUUGGGACUGUUCUGGAGAUGAUUGCUAACUCCAAGAACCCUGUGAUCCUUUCUGACGCGUGUGCUUCUAGACAUGACGUUAAGGAAGAGACCAAGCGUUUGAUUGACGUUACUCAGUUCCCAGCUUUUGUUACUCCAAUGGGGAAGGGCUCCAUUGACGAGCAGCACCCAAGAUUUGGUGGUGUUUAUGUUGGUACUUUGUCCUCACCUGAAGUGAAAGAAGCUGUUGAAUCCGCAGACUUGAUCUUGUCAGUUGGAGCUUUGUUAUCCGACUUCAACACUGGUUCCUUCUCUUACUCUUACAAGACCAAGAACAUCGUUGAGUUCCACUCUGACCACACCAAGGUUAGAAAUGCGACUUUCCCUGGUGUACAGAUGAAGUUUGUUUUGAAGAAGUUGGUGGAUGUUGUCGGUGAUGUGGCUAAGAACUAUGUCCCAGUUCCAGUUCCAACUCAACCGGUUCAUGGGAGUGAUGUCGAUCCUGCCACUCCAUUAAGACAAGAAUGGAUCUGGAGAGAGGUUGCAAGGUUCUUGAGAGAGGGUGAUGUUGUCAUCACCGAAACUGGUACCUCAGCAUUUGGUAUCAACCAAACUCACUUCCCUAACGACACUUACGGUAUUUCUCAAGUCUUGUGGGGUUCUAUCGGUUUCACUACAGGUGCUUGUUUGGGUGCUGCGUUCGCUGCUGAAGAAAUAGACCCAAAGAAGAGAGUAAUAUUGUUCAUUGGUGAUGGUUCUUUGCAGUUGACUGUUCAGGAAAUCUCCACCAUGAUCAGAUGGGGAUUGAAACCAUACUUGUUCGUUUUGAACAACGACGGUUACACUAUCGAGAGAUUAAUCCACGGUGAAACUGCUCAGUACAAUGACAUUCAACCAUGGGACCAUUUGAAAUUGUUGCCAACCUUUGGUGCUAAGGACUACGAAGCAGUCAGAGUCUCUACUGCAGGCGAAUGGCAGCAAUUGACUCAAGAUAAGGCCUUCAGUGAGAAUUCGAAGAUCAGAAUGAUUGAGGUUAUGUUGCCUGUUAUGGACGCUCCCUCUAACUUGGUUAAGCAAGCUCAGCUAACCGCUGCUACCAACGCUAAACAAGAUUAA